AUGGGUCAAAAUGACAAAUCCCGAAAAAAACAAAUAAGAAAAAAUCAAAUCACAUCACCUCACUCUCCAUCAUCCCACAACUUUACUCAACACAUCUCCUCUUAUUCACUCUCAAUGUCAACAGCAUCAAAAAUCACCCUUGGAGCAUCAAUAGCAUUCGCCACCGGUGCAUUUAUAUUCAUCAACUAUUCGCAACAAUCAGAACGAGCAGCAUUACGUCAGGGCCCCAUCAAGGAUGCUGAACGACAACAAGCCAAGUUACAAAAGACGCAAAAGCAACAAGCUAAUGAAUUGGAGCAUCGUGAGCAAGAGGAAAUGAAGCGGAAGUUUGCCGCUUUGCAACCUUUAAGUGGAGAGAUUAUUCGUGGUGAACCAGAAGGUGGAAAUGCAAAGUGA